GAGGGUAAGAGAGAGCGAGGGGCUAAGAAUCAGAAUCCGAGAGAGAGAGAGAGAUGAACGUUGUGAGCAAGGGAGGAGGAGGCGGCUUGGCGGCGUCUCGGAUUGUAGUGAUAACGGGAGUGAGCAAAGGGCUGGGGCGAGCGCUGGCGGUAGAGAUGGCCAAGAGGGGCCACACCGUAAUCGGCUGCUCCCGUGCCCAGGAUAAGCUCAACGCCCUCCAAUCCGAGCUCUCCUCCGACAAACACCUCUUCCUCAACACCGAUGUCAGGUCGAAUACCAGCAUUGCUGAGCUGGCACGAGUUGUGAAGGAAAAAAGGGGCAUUCCAGAUAUAAUAGUGAACAAUGCGGGCAUCAUCAACGACAACAAGAAGCUUUGGGAGGUGCCGGUAGAAGAGUUUGACAGCGUCAUUGACACCAAUGUCAAGGGAAUCGCUAACGUGUUGCGCCACUUCAUUCCGCUGAUGCUGUCGCGGAAUGAGGGGAAGAACCCAGCGGGAAUCAUAGUCAACAUGUCUUCAGGAUGGGGCCGAUCGGGUGCGGCACAUGUGGCCCCUUACUGUGCAUCCAAAUGGGCCGUGGAGGGCUUGACCCGAUCAGUUGCUAGGGAGUUGCCUAGUGAAAUGGCAAUUCUUGCACUCAACCCCGGUGUCAUACACACCGACAUGCUUGAGUCGUGUUUUGGAGACUCCAGCAUGAAAAAUUACCCGAAACCUGAUGCAUGGGCCGUCAAGGCUGCUACCAUGAUCUUGAAUCUCACACCAGCCGACAAUGGAGCUUCUCUCACUGUGUGACUAUGACUAUGACGACUCUAGACUUUACUGUAGUCUAUGACUAUGAGUCAGUCUAUUUUGCUGUUAUUUAAAUGAUAGAUUUCAAUUUCGCGUAGAUCUUUCUGCUGAUUGCUUCCAUUCUUCUUUC